AUGGAUGGUGAUACAUUUUGCGUUUCUAAACCAAAUUUCACAGCAUGGGACAAUUGUGUAUCGUUAGCUCAACUUGAUCAAAAUACUGAUAUGGUAGAUAAUUCCAUGUUAAUGGAGGAAACUUACACAAUUAGCCCUUUAGCUUCAGAUUCAUCUAUAACUGAAAGGUAUGAGUAUUUCUACGACACUUCACUUUCAUCUUAUACAACCAGAGCUAUCGAUGCUUCUUUAGAAGUGGGACAAGCUUCCGAUCAAGAAAGUGAAUUUCUUCUGGAGACAAAUCAAAGUGAUGUUUUUGAUACAACAAGCACCUCCAGUACUGCUUCUAGUACUACUUCUGCAACUAGGUCUUCUUCUGCUGCUUCAAUAACUAGUAUUCCUAGUGCAAGUAGUUCAGUUACUACUUCGCCUGAUUCUGAAACAACAGUUUCAAGAGGUGAUGCAGCAUCUUUAAAAAUGUUUGGAAUUGCUUUUGUUAUUACAUUUGUGUCUUGUCUUUUAUAA